AUGCACGUGCGGAAGUCUAUGCAUCGCACCUGCGCUUUGGGAGCCAAUCUGGAACAAGUCUGCGCCCACGCCGAAUCACAACUCACCAACUGUGCACUUCUUGCCCUUGCCAUCCUGCUGUGUCUAGACCACGUCCUCCUUCCCACGUCAGCCGAUGACCCGAUUCGUCUUGGCGUCUCCGUUGAAUCAGCGUCGAGUCUCGACGUUGAAAUAUGCCUUGGCAUCGUUCGAUUCUACCUUGCGUAG